GUGAAUAGCCUUGUACCAUGUGACCUCUGUGAUCAUUCACAGAUUUCACACGUAGUAAGCAAUGAUGUCAGAAGUGACAUCUUGCUUACUACUCUUCAUGUGAUCACUGAUUGGACAAUCAGUGAUCACAUGAUCGGGACCUCACACAGAGGUCCCGUACAACGAUCAUUGAGAACUUCUGUUGUGAGCUGUGAUUGGUCACAGCUUGUCACAUGGUACAAGGCUGUGGUGAAUAGCCUUGUACCAUUGACCUCUGUGAUCAUUCACAGA